GUCAGUUGUUGGUCCUGCAUCCCGGCUCGGCCCCCGACGGCUGCGCGUUGAGAUGACUUUCCGAGACCUCCUUAGCGUCACUUUCGAGGGACCCCGCCCGGACAGCAGCUCCGGGGGCUCCAGUGCGAGCGGCGGCGGGGGCAGCACAGGCGGCGCGACUGCCUCGGAGGCCCCAGCGGUGGGCAGCGUUUCGGGGGCCACGGGCGGCGGCAGCGGCGUGGUGGGAGCGGGCGGCGGCGAGGACAACCAGAGCUCCGCUGGGGAGCCGGGGGGCGCGGGCGCGGGUGGCGAGGUGAACGGCACAGCGGCCGUCGGGGGGCUUGUUGUGAGUGCGCAGGGGGUGGGGGUGGGUGUCUUUCUGGCAGCCUUCAUCCUCACCGCUGUAGCGGGCAAUCUGCUUGUCAUCCUCUCGGUGGCCUGCAACCGCCAUCUGCAGACGGUCACCAACUAUUUCAUAGUGAACCUAGCUGUAGCCGACCUGCUGCUGAGCGCCACCGUUCUGCCCUUCUCCGCCACCAUGGAGGUUCUGGGCUUCUGGGCCUUCGGCCGGGCCUUCUGCGACGUGUGGGCCGCGGUGGACGUGCUGUGCUGCACGGCCUCCAUCCUUAGCCUCUGCACCAUCUCGGUGGAUCGGUACGUGGGCGUGCGCCACUCACUCAAGUACCCUGCGAUCAUGACAGAGCGCAAGGCGGCGGCCAUCCUGGCGCUGCUCUGGGCCGUAGCCCUCGUCGUGUCCGUGGGGCCUCUGCUGGGCUGGAAGGAGCCGGUGCCCCCGGACGAGCGCUUUUGCGGCAUCACGGAGGAGGCGGGCUAUGCUGUCUUCUCUUCGGUGUGCUCCUUCUAUCUGCCCAUGGCAGUCAUUGUGGUCAUGUACUGCCGCGUGUACGUGGUCGCACGCAGCACCACGCGCAGCCUCGAGGCGGGCGUCAAGCGUGAGCGGGGCAAGGCCUCCGAGGUGGUGCUGCGUAUCCACUGUCGUGGUGCAGCCGCCGGCGCAGACGGGACGCAUGGGACUCGGAGUACCAAGGGCCACACCUUCCGCAGCUCGCUAUCUGUUCGCCUGCUCAAGUUCUCCCGUGAGAAGAAGGCAGCCAAGACGCUGGCCAUCGUCGUGGGCGUCUUCGUGCUCUGCUGGUUCCCCUUCUUCUUCGUCCUGCCGCUGGGCUCCCUGUUCCCGCAGCUGAAACCAUCAGAGGGCGUCUUCAAGGUUAUCUUCUGGCUCGGCUACUUCAACAGCUGCGUGAACCCGCUCAUCUACCCCUGCUCCAGCCGCGAGUUCAAGCGCGCCUUCCUCCGCCUGCUGCGCUGCCAGUGCCGCCGCCGCCGACGCCGUCGUCCCCUGUGGCGCGUCUACGGCCACCACUGGAGGGCCUCGACUAGUGGCCCGCGCCCCGACUGCGCCCCCAGCCCGAGUGCCGCGCCCCCCGGAGCGCCGCUGGCUCUCAUAGCGCCCCCAGAUCCCAGCUGCCCAGGCACGGACGAGGUGCAGGCUCCAGUCUCUAGCCGUCGAAAGACUCCCUACGCCUUCCGCGAGUGGAGGCUGCUCGGGCCGUUGCGGAGGCCGACCAACCAGCUGCGUGCCAAGGUCUCCAGCCUGUCGCAGAAGAUCCGCACCGGGGGCGCGCAGCACGCAGAGGCCGCGUGUACCCUGAAAUCCGAGGUGGAAGCCGUGUCCCUAGGCGUUCCCCAAGAUGUGGCGGAGGGCGCCACCUGCCAGGCUUAUGACUUGGCCGACUACAGCAACCUCCGGGAGACUGAUAUUUAAGGACCCCCAAGCUAGACUGAGGAAUGUGCUGAGGGUGGGCGUGGGGAGCUUUGUGGGGAGGGAGGCUGGGUUUGUUGGAGUGGCCCGGGUGGAUCAGGGACUCAAAAACUGUUC